GCACAGUUACAACAUAUCGAAAUAAAUAACAAGUCACACUUUAAAAUAAUAUCAUAAAUAGUUUACUGAUAACGCUUAUAUCGUUCCCUCGAAAGCGUUUGGUUUCCGGUAUUCACAUGUUUACCUUUAUUUUCUGGACAGUUUUAUGUUUUCACUCAAUCCAGGGCCUUAUUGAACUAUCCCAGGACAUUACAGCAGCCUCAGAACUGUUAAAAGGCGUAUCAAGUCAAAUAUUGGCUCCCAACGACUCAAAAUUACAGGAGUUUGCUGUCAUAUUUAAUCACUACGUAAAUCUGACCGAGGCAGAGAAGCAGAGCAGGGAAGUAUUGAGCAGACUAGCGACUGAGUCGACUAACUCAACUGGAGAUGACGGAAACGAAGACUUGUAUGGAUCGCUAGCAUGGAAAACUGCCUUAGAUGACGCAUUGGCCGAAGAAAAUAUAACAGUAGACAUCAACAAACUACUCAACGAUAAAGUAGUUGAAUAUCUCGGAACUUAUGCAAGUAAUCCCGAGAACCUUAAAGCCUUAGAUUUAUACCAGCAAAGACUGGAUGUGGACAGGAAGCCGAACUUAACAAGACUUGAAGACAAUGAUUUGAAUACUAAUGAUACUGACGCUGCUGGGGGUGGAACAGGAGUUAAUGAAGAGAGUCCAUUUUGGAGUAAGAGCUUUAUUUUCUUGAUGGUUCCGAAUUUUAGCGUUCAUUCUAAAUCGUUUUGGUAA